UCGGUGGAGAACCCUGAGCUCCGUCCGCUCUGCCGAGGCAGCUGGCAGUGGGGCUGUCUCCGGAAGAGGGACCGCGGACGCCCAGUGCCCGCACUCCGCCGCCUGCCCCCCGCCUGCCGUGCCUGUCUGCGCCCGUGCCAUCCUUACUCGGGACGCAGUGACCGUUUUUAAAUCACAAGGGCGUGGGUCAGCCUCCCCUAGGACUUCAUGUCUGUAUAUUUCCCCAUUCAUUGCCCUGACUAUCUGAGAUCGGCCGAGAUGACUGAGGUGAUGAUGAGCACCCCAUCCAUGGAGGAGAUUGGCCUCAGCCCCCAAAAGGAUGGCCUUUCCUAUCAGAUCUUCCCCGACCCGUCAGACUUUGACCGCUGCUGCAAACUGAAGGACCGCCUGCCCUCCAUAGUGGUGGAACCCACAGAGGGGGAGGUGGAGAGCGGGGAGCUGCGGUGGCCCCCCGAGGAGUUCUUGGUCCAGGAGGAUGAGCAGGACAACUGUGAAGAGACAGCGACAGAGAACAAGGAGCAGUAGAUUCCCACCGACUCCCAGCGGGUCACACCAGACAGCAUCUGUACCUGAACUGUGUUCUUUCCCAUUGUGACGGAUGAAGAGAGUGGGCCACCGUCGUUCUGAAACGUCAGACGAGGCUUCCGUUUUGCUCCUGCGAAUCACUGAGCUGGUCUUCUUUCCCUUUCUUUUCUUUUGUUUUUUUUGAACUGUGUCGAGCCCUGGAGCCCUCCGGGGCACUUUGCAAGGCCUUCUGAGAAAGGAAGCUGCUUCGAGCAGGGGUUGGGGUGUGGGGAAGCUUUGGUUUUUGAGAUCAGUAUCUGAACUCAGCACCUAGAGGCAGCGGUGGGAUUCCAGGGGGCUCUGCGGGUGAGGGGAUGGGGCGUGCACAGCAAGCAAGGAACAUUUGGGCUAAGAAAACGAACACGGGACAAAAGAGAAAACGCACGGUUUAAGGAAAACAUUGAGCAGGGAGGUGCAGCCAGGAAGUACUUACUUUUCAGUGAGCGAUCUCUCUGCUGCUGGGGCAUCAGAAAACCAAGUCUUCAUCUCUCUCCAGCUUCGCCCAUCGCCAGCCUUUGCUUUCCUUUCAGGUGUGUUGCCUGUUACAGGGGAGGCGGGUGAAGGAGAGCAGUGCACCCUGGCUGCCUGCAAAGCCAGCUGGAGGUGAUGCUCGGGAAAGGGAAAAGCCCCCCAUUCCUUCUCCACGGCCCCUCUGCUCCAGGCUGUGGCAGGUUGACAUACCUGCGGUAAGCUGGAGUGGUUAUUUUCAAGAAGCAGUGCUUUUGAGCUUCUCUUCCCUUAUUUAUCCUUUUUGCUUUGCCCUCCCCCUCCACCCGCCUCCCCGCCCUUUUGGGAAUAGUGAGAGUACUUCCUGCCCUUGUCGGAGGACUGAUGUGGACAAUUGGACAUGAAAGUCCCCCCCACACUUGCUCUCAGUCUGAGCAGAGGCACAGAGCGAGUGCGGGGGGCUCUCCCAGGCCGGCCCUCCUCUCUCCUUACCAUGCCCUCCCAUCCCCUGGCCACAGCCCUGAGGCCCAGAUGGCUCCCAGUCCUGCAGGGGGUUCCAGCCAGCCGAGUCAGCGGCAAUACCCACUCCCGGGUGGGCUUGUGGCCUGCUUUCCUGGCGGGAGCUGCCUGGAGCAUAGGAGACUUUUUUGUUUCUUGUUGGGGAGGUGAGCUAAUUCGGUGUACAUCCCGAGAGCUGGCAAAGCCCGGGAAUUAAUUGGAUGGGUGAGAAGGCUUUUGUGCAGCAGCCUGGGGAUCGAGUGUGACCCUGAAGGGUGUCAUGAGAUCCCCGGCUUCUCCCCUUGCGUCCCUGGAUGCAUGUGGGAGGACGGCGUGGUGAGGGAGCAUUGAACGGUGGUCCUCCUCACUCCCCACCUCCCGCCUAUCCCCUGCAAGGGCACAGCUACCCGAGAAAGUUAGCCUUGGACUUAGAGCUUCUUAUCAUAGUUCAGAACCACCAGGAGCCUCCCGAUGCAGGACACUCUUCAUCUCUAUCUCGGAGCGGAUGGCGCCGCCAAGAGGUGGGCUCAAUGGGCUGAACUCUGCCCAGCGAGGCACCCAGGUGAGCCCUCCGGUGUCCUGUCAGUCCAGGUUGACCGGGUUUGGACUUGCAUAAAGGUUGUAUUUAAUACCUCAAGGUUCGUGUGGCUCUGGGGAAGGUUGGGCAGGAGGACCAGGGUGUGCUGUUGAUGCGCCAGCAGGGUUUGGUUCUGGGCAGCCGACACUCUCCCAUCCCCCCUGCUCCCUUCCUCUGUUGACUGCUUGUGUUACUCACACCGAUCGAUGGCAAUAACUUCUUCCGGCUCCUCGAGGAAGUGGGAGAGCCUGCAGCCUGCACUGGGGUGUCUCUCUCUAGCUCUCCCUUUCCUUCGGUUUUGGCUGCGGAGACCCUUCCCUCCCACUCUCAUUCCCUCACAGCAGCAUUUCUCAUCCUGUGCCUCCCUUGUGGAUGGGGUCUCGCCUUUUAAAAUCCUGUGUUUCCAUGUCCCCUUCCAAUGUGCUCCCCUGUGUCAUCUGUCCGUGUGAUGGGAACGUGCUUGUAAACUGCAUAACAGACCUACUUUGUGUACAUGUGUGUUUAUGGGGGUGGUUUAUUAUUUUUGCUGGUCGCUAGACCCCAUUGUACGACCAUGUGGAGUCUGAGCAGGCCAGAUGCUGACAGCUAACGUCAGGACCCUCAGCGGUGAGCCUGUUGGGGGGGACCCAGUCACUCUUGGACAAGUGGCUGAGCUCCUGUCUGGCCUCCUCUUUUUUUUUUUUUUUUUAAAGUAUCUUGUGUGUAUUUCUAACUGAUCGUAUUGAAAAAACAAACAAACUAGUAUUUCAGUAAACAUGCCUGUUGUAAGAUGAACCUCCUGUAACUUCUAUCUGUUCUUUUUUGAGGCUCAGGGAGAAACUAGCUUUUUUUUUUUUUUUCCAAACUACUUUUUGUCACUGUGACAGUUGUAAAUAAAGUUUGAACAUGCUUUCCA